AUGGUCCUCACAAUCCACCACCUCGGCCUCUCCCAAAGCGAGCGCAUCCUACUCCUCCUCGAAGAAAUGGCCAUCCCCUACACCCUCACCAAGCACACACGCGACCCCACAAUGGCCCCCGCAUCACUCAAACAGCUCCCAGGAAACCUGACCGGCCAAGCACCCUUGAUGCAAGAUCCAGACACCGGCAUCACGCUGGUCGAAAGCGGCGCCAUCUGCGACUACAUCCUGGCAAAGUACAAACACGAGGCCAAGACCAAGAUGUCGCGCGAGUAUGGCGAGCAGGGCUAUGCGGAUUAUGUGUAUUUCUUCCACUUUGCAAAUGCCACGCUGCAGCCGGUUAUGGGGCAGGUCAUGUUGCUGGGGCUUGUAAAGGCGCCGCAGGAUCAUGUCAUGGUGCGGUAUGCAACUAAUAAUAUGCAUCAAUCUCUUCAGAUCCUCGACGACCAUCUCGGACACAAAAAGUGGCUUGCGGGUGAUGAUUUUACGGCAGCUGAUUGCAUGAUGAUAUACUCACUGACUACAAAACGCUAUUACGGACCGCUGGUGAGCUAUGCAAAGUAUCCCAACAUGGUAAGAUAUCUCAAAGACGUUGGUGAGCGGCCCGCGUAUAAGAGAGCCAUGGAGAAGGGCGAUCCUGAGAUGCAGGUCUUAUUGGGUGCGGAGCCACCGGAGCAGAGCUUGGUGGAGGUUGGAGGUGUGACUUCGGAUAUAUGGAAGAAGAAGACGUGA